GAAUAGUUAGACCUGUUUGGGAUGUUGUGGAAGUGGAAGGAGUUAAAUGUGGCUACUAUCUGGGCAUAAUUGUACUGCUGUAGUCAACUGUAUGGAGAGUGAUGUGAAACUAGCAGGGUUCGAGUAGGGUGGAUUAGGCUGUGAACAGUUUCUCUCAGAACUGGGUGAGCCAGGAGCCCUGCGUGUGUGUGAGCCCACACCAUGGCGUGCUGCCGGCUGUGCUCCAGACUGUGUCCCAGGCUCUGCUCCCGCUCCUCCGCGUACACUCUGGCUCUGGGCUUGGGCUUCGUCACCCUGGGCACCUCUCGCAUCCUGCUGCUCAAGUUCUCUGCCAACACACAGAACAAGUAUGACUUCCUCCCUGCGUCUGUCAACCUACUGGCAGAGGGGCUCAAGCUGCUCUUUUGUCUUGGCAUGUCUCUGAGGGUCAUGGUCAGAGACGGUCGUUCAUGUCGAGAGCUGGGCUGCUCCUCGGGCUCUGCCUUCCUGAGUUUCAUGAAGUGGUCCGUCCCCGCCUUCCUUUACUUUCUGGAUAACCUCAUCAUCUUCUACGUCAUGACCUACCUACAGCCUGCCAUGGCAGUGUUGUUCUCCAAUGUUGUUAUCCUGACCACAGCUAUCCUGUUCAGAGUUGUGCUGAAGAGACACCUGUCCUGGGUGCAGUGGGCCUCCCUGGUCAUCCUCUUCCUGUCCAUUGUCUCCUUGACGACGGGGUCGGGAGGAAGCCAACGGGCCAUAGCGAUGCCGGGCCUCCACCCCAGCCCCCUCUCCCCACCCACCAACAGCUGCCUGCUCUACACACAGCUAGAGGAGCAACGAAGGAACGACAGGUUGUCAGAGCGAUGGAUGGAUGGGAGGGAAGGAGGAAGGGAGGCAGUCAAUGUGGAAUUCAGCACUCCUCUUAACUCCAGCACAUGGAGCUCAGUGCUGCCGGGACAGGCUGAGGUGUGGCGGGGGAGGCUGAUGGGGACCCUGCGCUCUCUGGGCAUGGGUCACAUCCUCCUGGUGCUCCAGUGUUUUAUCUCCUCCAUGGCCAACAUCUACAAUGAGAAGAUCCUUAAGGAGGGAGACCAACUCCAAGAGAGCAUCUUCAUCCAGAACAGCAAACUGUACAUGUUUGGCAUGCUGUUCAACGGUCUGACUCUGGGUCUCGGGGGCGAGGCGAGGGGCCUAACCGUCCGUUGUGGCCUCCUUUACGGUCACAACGUCUACUCACUGGGACUGGUGCUGGUCACUGCUGCCCUGGGCCUGUCGGUGGCGUUCAUCCUGAAGUUCAGAGACAACAUGUUCCACGUGCUGACAGGCCAGAUCACUACAGUCCUGGUCACGGCCCUGUCCCUCUUCCUCUUUGACUUCCACCCCUCGCUGGACUUCUUCCUGCAGGCGCCCGUGGUGCUGCUCGCCAUCUUUGUCUACAACGCUAGCCGGCCCAAAGACCCUGAGUACGUCCUGCAGCGCGAGAAGCUGCGCGUCAUUAACGGAGAGGUGCUGCAGAGGUCGCGAGGGGAUGGGGAGGAGCUGGAGAGGCUGACCAAGCCAAACACAGACAGUGAAUCAGAGGAGGAGUCUGUCUAGCCUCCCAUUAUGACCUCACAAUGACUCAUCCCUGUGAUGUCAUCAGAAUGCCUGACUCUGUGACAUCACAAUGGACAAACUGUCAGUCCUUGCUAUAACCUGGCCUGUGACAUCAUCAGCCUGUGACAUCAGAAUGGACAUGCUAUGUAUUAUGACAUCAGAGCGGCUUGGCCUGUGGUGUUGUUGGCCUAUUGUGAUUGUCAUAAUUUAUUGUACAUCAUAGAUGCGGUAAAGAGGUCAAUGGAACUCGACACAAACAUGGAAAUGCCAUGGAAAUGCAUGGGGGAAAAGAUCCUGAGUCUCUUCAUUGCCCCCCAGCAAAAUGAUCCUACAUUUAGGCUAUUGUUUAUAUGUGUAUUCCACACUACGGUAUGUUGAGUAUAAUGCGUGUAUGGAUGUCAACCCCAAUACAUGUUCAUGUCAACACCAAUCAACUGCAUUACAGUUAAAAACGACUGACUACCAUGACCGAUUUCUAUAUGCUAGCUAUGCGCUUAUACGAACAGGAGUUAGCAUUUAGCAGUCACUUCUUCUUAACCUGAAAAUAAACAACUUUUAAAUGUUAUUCUGCGAAAACUGGCAAAUAUAUCAAAAUCAAAUUUAAGUAGCCACAUUGUGGGCCUGUCCACAAAUAUUCACUUUGUUAGAUCAGACUUGUUGAAUGUGCGCCAAUCCGGCAUCCUUCUUUCCCCCAAGGUCUGCGUUCCAUUGACCUCUUUACCACAUCUAUUCAGAAAUGUGCUUGUUUGUGUAUGAAAUGAUAUACAAAUAAUAUUGUAAUGGAAUAAAUGCUAAAUUUUGUAGAUGUUGUUGUAUUCAAAAUAAUGCUAUUGCUGUCAUUGACACAGUGGCAAGGGUUAUAGCUGUCAGAUGUUGAGAAGUUGAUAUCUGCCGGUAUGGUCUCUGUUUUUAUUAUACAUUUGUUUGCAUUAUGUUGGUGUCUAUUAAGAAAUGUACUCAAGGCUGUUGGAUGUUUGGGAGCUAAAUUAGUUUUUCUAAUGGCCAACUACUCGGUUUGUCUUAACGUUAUUACGUACUCACAAAGACCAUACAGUACUAGCACACGGACCAUGUGAUUUCUUCUGGUCUCAGUCCAUGUUACGUACAGAAAACCCAAUCUGACGGUAAAACAUGUAAGAUUGUGUUUCACAUUACUCACUGAAAAAGAAUUAGCUUCUCUAGUGGUUUAUAUGUGUUCAACGGUGUUACUCCUCUCCUGUCCAUGCUUAUUGUGCCAUAUAAUUUACACUUCUAUCAUGUAUUCAAAAAAGCUUCUUGUGAAGUUAUGUUUAUGAAAUCAUGUUAUGCAUAACAAAAUGAUGUUAUUCUGUAUGCAUUUAAGGCAAUUUACACCUGGUUCGUUAUUAUUAUUCAUGACAGUGCAUAAUUACAAUUUCUUAAACAGUCAACAUAUCAAAUGAACAUUAAAAACUGCCAGAAAUACCAUA